GAAUUGCUCUGCCUCAAAACCCUCUUUCCUGUUGCCUCUUCUUAGCCGCCAUUCCCUUCUCUUUAACGAAGAGGUAGCAGCUGCAGCAGCACUUCUUUACUCUCUCCAAACGACAACAACGAACUCCGUUUUGUUUGGAUCGCGUUUUGCGUUUUAAUGGGAAGGGUUAGUGGAACCGAGAAGCAAGAGUUUACUGAGAUGGAGGACCCUGAAUUCACUGAUUCUCAGCUAAUUUGUCAUGUUAGAGAUGCACUUUUAGCAGUCACUUUGGGUGACAGAGAGAAUUAUGAUGAGCUUGUUGGUUAUUUGCACCGGAAAGAGAGUCUUAAUCCCGAUCAGAUUGCUCUACUUGAGACAACUUUGAAGGCCCUCUCUGGAACAGUCUCAUGUAUAGAUUCUGUUCAUCACGAAUCUCUUCUUUCUGCAGUUUAUAGAAUGAGCCUGUGGAAUUAUGGAACUUCUAUUAUGGAUGCACUGGUUGAGCUGAUUGUAUCCUUGGCUGCUUCGAAUGGGAAAUAUAUCGAUUGGUCUUUGGAGAUGCUUGUGAAUAACUUCACUCCACCUAAUCACCUCAUGGAUAGUCUGAAGCAGGAGAGUGGAAUUGAAAAGAAGAAUAAAGUUCUGUCUCGUGUGCAUGCUGCUUUUGAAGCCAUAGCUGUUUUGGUGCCUCUUGCCCCUUUGCGACUCUCUCCAAUAGUUGUCCAGAGGAUGCCCUUAACCUACAGUAAGGGACCGGAGAUUCUCAUGUACGUGGAGAACAUGUUAAAGUUGGAAAGUGGUGCAAUUGGAGAAAUUAUUGGUGUUACGAUGCUGCCUGCUAUUGUAGAUAGGUUGAUAGAACUCGAUGUCGAAAUUGGAUGGGAUGGCCUCUUGCAGGAAGAUGCCAAAGGCAUAUUUGAAAUGGAAUUAGAGGAUGCCGAAUUUGCGGAUGCGGAUGGGGAUGAUAAUCUGCCUGCUGCAGAAUAUUUAAAUAGGAAAAGUUUGGAGGGAAACACAAUUGCUGAGAAAUUAGAUAGCUUGAUUGAGCUGGCUUUUUUGCAUCUUGAGUCCUGUCAAAGCAGUGGCCGUUUGUCUGAGGUAUUUAAUGUUCUAGUGAGAUCAUUUCAAAGGACUAUUUUGAAUGCCUACAAGUCAAAAUUCACCCAGUUUGUAGUGUUCUAUGCAUGUGCACUUGAUCCUGAAGAUUGUGGGGAGAAGUUCGCCAUGGUUCUUACAGAGAUGUUUCUUAGCAAUGUUAAUCCCCCCAAUACUAGGAUGAGUGCUGUUGCUUAUCUUGCUAGUUAUUUGUCGCGUGCAAAGUUUGUUUCAGCGGCAUUAGUUGCUAGCAUCUUACAAAGAUUGGUAGAUUGGUGUCUUAACUAUUGCAAGUCACAUGAUUCUGUUAUGAACCCGCGAGCACAUCAAGUUUUUUAUUCUGGUUGUCAGGCUCUCAUGUAUUUGCUGUGUUUUCGAAUGAGAUCUCUGAUGGAUGCUCCAAGGCUCAAAAUGCAACUUCUAAAUAUGCCCAUGGAGCCAAUCUUGCAACAUAAAUUGAAUCCUUUGAAGGUUUGUCUACCUACUGUAGUAGUGGAAUUCCUAAGACAAGCAAAGGCUGCUAAGCUCUUCAUGACAUCGGAAUCAUUUGCCUUCGAUGAUAUGCUCGAAUCUGAUCUUUCGAGGGCAUUUGGCGGGAUAGAUAGACUCGACAUGUUUUUUCCUUUUGAUCCUUGUUUACUGAAGAAAAGUGAAAGUUACAUAAGGCCACAUUUUGCACGCUGGUCAAAGAUCAAAUGUGAUGGCGCCGACGAUGGCGAAUUCAGUGAAAGUGGCAGCGAUGCAUCUGAUGACGAAUUUGCCGACAUGAAUGAGAAUGAUAUGAUUGAAGAUGACAUGACAGUGAGUGUACAAGCAGGUUUGGAUUUCAACCCCGACUUGAAUAGAAUGUCUAUCACGCCCAAGAACAAGUCUUUGUUACAUUUUCAACAGCAAAAUGCAAGAAUGCCCGCAAGAAUCAGACCAUCCACUAGUCCGGAGUCUUUGUAAUGAUAUUCUUGUGUCGAAAAACAUGUCAAUUUUGCAUGUUUUGGUGUGGUAGGAUUAGGAAGUCUAUGUUGGUGUUCUUUAUAGUGAAGAAAACAGGGGGGAGCAUUGUGCAGUGUUUUGGGGUAUUUUGCCCCCAUAUUCGGGCAAUUUAUGUGUAGUUUUUAACUUAAUGUUCAUUUUGUGCUGCCUAUUGAAGAAAAUGAGUAGAGGAGUCAACCAUUUUUAAGAUUCCGUUCCUCGUCACUAUCUUGUAAUUGUAAUGUUUUAAAGAUCAUAUCAACCAUUUUAACCUCCACAUCUUACGAAUCACUCCCACAAUUUGUUGCUUC